GACCCGGCGGCCGGAGCCCGCUGCAGGCGCAGAAGAUGCCCCUGGGUCUGGGGACCAGGAAGAAGGGCAAGUCCAAGGAGACCUCCAAGCUGGUGGACAGCGAGGCUGCGGCCCCACCGCCCGCGGCGGAGGCUCCGGCCCCGGCGGCGAGCGCCUCGCGACUGCAGUUCCACACGCAGCUGGCGCACGGCAGCCCCACGGGCCGCGUGGAGGGCUUCAGCAGCGCCCGCGAGCUGUACGCUAAGAUCGCUGAGGUGUUCGGCAUCGCCCCUACUGAGAUCAUGUUUUGCACUUUGAACACUCAUAAAGUUGAUAUGGACAAGCUAUUAGGUGCACAGAUUGGCCUUGAAGAUUUUAUAUUUGCCCAUGUAAAAGGACAACGAAAAGAAGUGGAAGUUCUUAAAUCUGAUGAUUUGCUUGGACUUACUGUUACAGACAAUGGAGCUGGCUGUCCCUUUAUAAAGCGAAUCAGAGAAGGGAGCCUUAUGGACCAAACCAAAAUGAUCUGCGUUGGCGAUCACAUAGAGUCUAUAAAUGGAAAAGAUGUGUCAGAUCUUCGGCAUUAUGAAGUUGCCAAAAUGCUAAAAGAUCUGGAGAAAGGUCGGGUGUUUAAGCUGAAGCUGAUAGAGCCUAUGAAGUCAUUUGAAAAGGUGGCAGCAAGGUCCAAAGGUGGGACUCUGACAGAGGCUAAAAUCUCCAGAGGGAGAGAAACACUUCGACUGAGAAAUAAAGGCCCUGCCACUGUGGAGGAAAUGCUGUCUGAAGUUGAAGAAAAAGCAGUAAAAAAAGUGGAUGAACUUCUUGAAACAUAUAUGGGGAUAAGAGAUAUUGAAUUAGCUGCAACAAUGGUGGAAGCAGGAAAAGACAAGAAAAACCCAGAUGAAUUUGCAGUGGCAUUGGAUGAAACUCUUGGAGACUUUGCAUUUCCAGAUGAGUUUGUCUUUGAUGUGUGGGGAGCAAUAGGGGAUGCUAAGCAAGGACGACUGGAAUGAGAAUUAUGAAGUUUAACAUUCUCAAUUCAAAAGUAUAAAGUGACUUUGAAAUACGUAUGUCAGAAGACUGAUAUUUUUAUUGAUAUAAAUCUUGGAUGCUCUAUACAAGUAUUCUUAUCAGAAACUUUGUUUUACAAUGAAAGUUUCUAACAGAAAUAAAGAUAUACUCAAAGGUCUAACAACUGCACAUUUAGAAUGAACAUUUAAUUUAAAUGUAGAAAUCACUGAGAGGAGAAGGGCCAAGUAGAUGUAUUUAUACAUGCAUUUUAUGUACUUUGGUGUCUAUUUUGAGAAAUGAUAGAUAGAUGCAAAAUUUUUUGGAUUAUUAUUUUUUUUUUUUUAAGAAAGAUUUAUAAACUUGAUUUAAAAAAAAAAUAAAACCAACACACUGCAGUUCUCUGAUCUGCUGGUUCUUAAGUAUUCAAGUAGGCCAAGAGCUGCAUUGUUUGGCCUGAAUGUAGGCUUUUCAGUAGAAAAGAUGAGAAGAAGCCACCCUGCCUCUGGAAAGGCAUGUUUCAUGUUCAGGAAAAAGUAAAUUCCUCUGGGGGGGGGGGGGGGAAACAAAACAACAAACAACUAUGACUUUAAAAUAAACUUGCUCUUAUUUUUGGUCAUUAACACACACUGCCUACGUAUUUCUGAAAUGAUUUAGUAGAAAUGCCUAGAGCAGGAAUCCGUUGCUUUAUUCAGAUGCCAUAUUAUCACAAUAGCUACUGCAUAACAAGAAACAAAUGUUAAUUUUGAUUAAUAUUCACAUAUUUGGAUAAUAUCUGUGAUCUGGCACUGGAGACUGUAAUACUUGACUAAAUGCUUCACUUAUCUUUGCAUGUAGUAAACACCUUGCUGAAAUCCUAUGACGUUCCCGCUUCAUCUUGUCUGUUGUUUUUUUCAGAAUGGCAAUGUAGAGAUAUUUAAGAAGGUGCUCAGAAUCAGUAGAUGUAGUUCUAUGAUCACAACUGUAGUUGGGAUGAAAAUGAAUGUCUAAAACUUCAAUUAAUAUCAUUUUAUACUUCAGGAUUUCAAAUUAUACUGUACAUAGAUGUUUAUUCUUAACUGAUAAUGUUUUACGAAUAAAUCUCGGAUUGUUAAAAAAUUA